CACACAUUCGGAAAAUGAUUGGUUUACUGAGUAUGAGAUGGCAAUAUUUGUGUGUCAUCCCCUAAUUUUAAGGCUUUGUUUGAUCGUAGGUUGCACUGAAGAACAUGGUCCACUUUUCUUCCACUACAAUAUAGAUUAUCUAAUCCCAACGCGUUAUUUCACAUUCAAACUGCCAAGCCUCUCUUUAUUUUUCCGUUUCUCCUACUCCUUCCUCCCUUUGACAUUUCGCACUAUUAGUCAUAUAUAUUUAUAACGUUCUCGAUUAGUCUUCUUUAUUUCUAUCUCUCUCUCCAGUUCAGACUGGAUAUAUCUAUUACAAACUUGAAGAUUCUUAAACGUCGUCAUUAGUUCUGCCUUCGAUUGUUGUUCACAUUAGUGAGAAGACACAAUUCAGUGGGAAAUAAUAAGAAGAAACCUGUGUCUUUCGCUGCUUAAUCGAUUUCAAGGGAUGGAUUUUAUAGAGACGAAUCGAAGGAGCAACACUAGGAAAAUUUUCUUAGCUGCCGGAAUUACUGCACUUUUUAUUUUUCUUUUCAAGCGAUCACCUGGUACUGCUACCUCUACCAAGUUUUCUCAACACGAAUCUGGAGUAACGCAUGUCUUAGUAACUGGAGGUGCAGGCUAUAUAGGUUCUCAUGCUGUCCUUCGGCUUCUCAAGGAUUCAUAUCGUGUAACCAUUGUGGACAACCUUUCCAGAGGGAACAUGGGAGCUGUUAAAGUCCUCCAAGAACUUUAUCCCGAGCCCGGGAGACUUCAAUUUAUAUAUGCUGAUCUUGGAGAUGCAGCAUCAGUAAAUAAAAUUUUUACAGAGAACGCAUUUGAUGCUGUCAUGCAUUUCGCAGCUGUUGCUUAUGUUGGCGAAAGUACAGCAGAGCCUCUAAGGUACUAUCAUAAUAUUACUUCAAAUACCUUGUUAAUAGUGAAGGCAAUGGCUGCACAUGGUGUAAAGACAUUGAUCUAUUCAAGCACUUGUGCUACGUAUGGAGAACCGGAAAAGAUGCCUAUCACAGAAGUUACUCCUCAAGCCCCGAUCAAUCCAUACGGAAAAGCCAAGAAAAUGGCAGAAGACAUUAUAUUGGACUUCUCAAAGACUUCCGACAUGGCUGUCAUGAUUUUAAGGUACUUCAAUGUAAUUGGCUCCGACCCUGAGGGAAGAUUGGGAGAAGCUCCUCGAUCAGAAUUGCGUGAACAGGGACGUAUUUCAGGUGCUUGUUUCGAUGCAGCCAGAGGAAUAAUUUCGGGAUUAAAGAUAAGAGGGACAGAUUAUAGCACACCAGAUGGAACUUGUGUAAGAGACUACAUUGAUGUUACUGAUCUGAUUGAUGCACAUGUCAAAGCAUUAGCCCAUGCAAAACCAGGCAAAGUUGGAAUUUACAAUGUUGGGACUGGAAAAGGUAGUUCAGUAAAACAAUUUGUGGAAGCAUGUAAGAAGGCUACUGGUGUGAACAUAAAGGUUGACUACCUAAGUCGUCGGCCGGGGGAUUAUGCCGAAGUAUAUAGCGAUCCUUCGAAGAUCAAGAACGAGCUAAACUGGUCGGCUAAGUACACGAAUCUCGAAGAAAGCUUAGCAAUUGCUUGGAGAUGGCAAAAGACACACAGAAAUGGUUACAACAAUUGAGUUUGGAGUUAGUUCCAUUUUGUUAUAGUCUUAGCAGAUUAGUUGAUGCUAUACAUACAGGUCAUUGUUUCGUCGUAUGUCGUUCGACAAAUAUCAAGACAGUGUCGAUCGAGCUGAUAUCGUGAAUUUAUAUUAAGAUGGUGAUUAAUCAUGAAAUCUAGAGAUGCAAUAAAAGGAAGACAAUGAAGUGGAAUUGUUCUUAA